AUGUCUAUCAUUUCUUUAACUCUGCUUUCUUUCCUUUAUCUCAUCAUUCCCACCACCGGCCUGUUUAUUAACUUCAGCAAAUUCAUACAUUAUGAUUGUGUCAAUGAAAGUGGAAACACCUAUACAGAGACAAGCAACUACCACUUCAACCUCAAUACUCUCCUUCCCAAGCUCACUUCCAACACAAAAAUUGACUAUGGCUUCUACAAUUCUUCUUAUGGCCAAAACCCUAACAUAGUCUGCGCAAUCAGACUUUACAGAGGAGAUUUGAAUCCAGAUUCUUGCCGUGCUUGCCUCAACAAGGCCGCAAUGCUUCUCCCAGCAAAAUGUCCAAAUCAGAAGGAGGCAAUGGGAUAUAAUGACGGAUAUAUGAACUUCAAUGCAACGAUUAAUGAUCUAUUGCAAAAACUAGCAAAAAAGGCGGCGGCUAGUGACUCUCGUCAUAAGUUUGCAGCAUCAAAUGAAGAGGGCUUGUUUCAACAAGCUAUAUAUGGUCUUGUUCAACGCACGCUGGACUUGUCUGAGCAAGAUUGUGGUAAAAUGCUUGAACAAGCCCAUCGUGGAACUCAAUGA